AUGCAAAUGUCUCGUGCUCAACAAGAACAUAGUGGUUUUUGGCCUGAAGAUCGUCAACAAACAUCACUUCAAAAUAAUGAUCGAAUAGCACAAAAUUCCAUGCAACAACAAAUACAACCUUAUACAUAUCCAUAUUCAGCUAUGUAUUCGAAUAACACAAUAGAUAUGAAUAGAAAUAUUCCAUCAUCAUAUACAUCUACUAAUCAGAAUUCCUAUGUGAAUAAUAUUAUACAACCACCACCGCCACCACCUGACGAACCUUAUCCAUAUUAA